AUGCGGCGUAUGGGAGGGGAAAUUCACACUUUCACGGCCCGAUACCAAACGAUCCACGGCCUGGUACUGGUCCCUGUGUCCACCUCUGAGGACGUCCCACAGGAGGGCGGGGCCAGUCUGUACCCCCCGACGCGGGAGCCGAUCAGACGAGGCGCAGAGGUGACCACGAUCCCGCCCCUGAACCUCCCGAAUCGGCACACGCUCCACGGCGGCCCGCCUCAGCUCCGCCGCGCUCCGGCCCGACCGUACACCCACAGCGAGGCCCCCACGGCGCCACCGGAGGGCAGCAGCGCGACGCCGAACCACAACGGAGACGGUUUAUCUACGAACGGAGAGAGAGAAGAGAGACCGGACUUUAAACCGAUCGGAGAUGAGGAAACCACGACUACAACCAUCACCACGACUACGGUUAUUACUACUAUGCAGAGCCCAGUUUCGUGCCAGUUGAACCUGACCGGACCCGAGGGCUUCAUCCAGGCUCCUCCCGAGUCCGGCUCCUCCUUCCUCUCCACUGCGGACUGCUCCUACGUCAUCACGGUUUACACGGGCUACGGCGUGGAGGUGCAGGUGAUGAGCGUGAAUCUGUCGGAGGGGGACAAAGUGGUGUUCGAGGACGUAGGACGCGGGGAGAACUCCAUGUUGGCCAACGAGACCAUCCUGAUGAGAGGGUUGGUCGUACGGAGCCACAGCAACCAGCUCUCCAUCCGCUUCCACAGCAGCAGGCCGGAGGCAGGGACCGUGCUGCUCCGAUACCAAGCGUUCAUCCUGAGCUGUCCGUUCCCGUCCUCUCCGUCGUUCGCUCAGGUGUCUGUGAGCAGUCUUCACUCGGGGGGCCAGGCCUUCUUCUCUUGUCUGACCGGGUAUCAGCUCCAGGGGCCCCGCGUCCUCACCUGCCUCAACGCCACCACCCCCUACUGGAGCGGCAAGGAACCGCGCUGCUACCCGUCGUGUGGGGGUCUCCUGGCUAACGUCUCCGUGGGGCGGAUCGUCUCUCCGGGUUUUCCCUCAAACUACAGUAACAACCUGACGUGUCACUGGCUCCUGCGCGCCCCCUCUGGACACCGGCUGCACGUGCACUUCGAGAAGGUGGCGCUGGCUGAAGACGACGACCGUUUGGUGAUAAAAAACGGAAACAGCAUCGACGCCGCGGUUCUGUACGACUCGUAUGAAGUGGAGUAUCUCCCAAACGAAGGCCUGCUCAGCUCCUCCAGGUUCCUCUUCAUCGAAUUCACCACAGACGCCACAGCGACCUCUACUGGUGUGGCCCUCAGAUACCAGGCGUUCGCUCCGGGCCACUGCUACGAGCCGUUCGUGAAGUACGGGAACAUGACGAGCAGCGACCCCUCCUGGGCGGCGGGGGCGGUGGUGGAGUUCUCGUGCGAGGCGGGCUACACUCUGGAGCAGGGCUCGGUCAGCAUCGAGUGCACCAACCCCGACGACCCGCAGUGGAACGACACCGAACCCGCCUGCAGAGCCGUGUGCAGUGGGGAGAUCACAGACUCUGUGGGCGUCGUCUUGUCUCCAAACUGGCCUGAAGCUUAUGACCGAGGACAAGACUGUAUCUGGGGCAUCCACGUGGAGGAGGACAAGAGGCUCAUGAUCGACAUACAAGUGUUGAACAUCGGGGUGAACGACCUCUUGACCUUCUACGACGGAGACGACCUCACGGCGAAGGUCCUGGGCUCUUACGGCGGCUCCAAGUCCAGGUUCAAACUCUACACCUCCACCGCCGACGUCACCAUCCAGUUCCAGUCCGACCCGGCGACCAACGUCUACGGAUACGGAAACGGAUUCGUGGUGCACUUCUUUGAGGUGGCGCGUAACGACACCUGCCCCGAGCUGCCUGAGAUCUCAAACGGCUGGAAGAGCUCGUCUCACCCCGACCUGGUGCAGGGGACCGUGGUCACGUACCAGUGCUACCCCGGCUUUCAGCUAGAGGGCGCCGAGCUGCUCAUGUGCCAGUGGGACCUGACGUGGAGCGGAGACCUGCCCAGCUGCCAGAGAGUCGUCUCCUGUCCAGACCCGGGUAAGGUGGACCACAGCCGCAGAGUCCUGUCCUCCUCUCACUUCACCGUGGGAUCCAGCGUUCAGUACGUCUGUGACAAAGGCUACAGUCUCCAUGGCAACAGCCUCCUGACCUGCUACAGCCGGGGGAGCGGCGGUCCGAGGUGGAGCCAGAGGCCGCCCACCUGCACACCGGAGACUUUUGAACCGUGCUCACAUCCGGGGACUCCCACCUUCGGCGUUCCCAGCUCGCGGCAGACUCACUUCCAGCCCGGGGACAGGCUCAGGUUCUCCUGCCUGAAAGGACAUCAGCUCCUGGGGGAACCCGUGCUCCACUGCGUCCCCGGGCACCCGUCUCAGUGGAGCGGGCUGCCCCCUGUCUGCAAAGCGAUGUUUCUGAAACAAAGUGAUGAACGCAGACUAGACGUUUCGUCUCUGUCUCUGCGUUUGGACGGAGCUCAGAUUCUGUUGGUGAUCUUCGUCCCGGUCGCUCUCAUCCUCCUCACCAUCACAGCCGUCUACCUCUACUUCUUCAAGUACGGACUAAAUAAAUAA